AUGACUAUCAACGAGCCCUUCAGCUUCUGCUUUCUGGGCUACCACAUCGGUGUCCAUGCCCCGGGCGUCGAGUCAAAAUACGACCAGUUCAAGUGCGGCCACCAUGUGAUUCUCGCACAUGCGAAGACCUUUGAGAUGUUCCGGAACUUGUUCCACGGCCAGUCCGGGUACAAGAUGGGCAUCGUGAUAAACUAUGAUUUCCCGGAGCCGCUUCAUCCGGACGACAAGGACGAUGUGAAGAGUGUCGAAGUCGAUGCCCUGCAGAGGAUCGGUUGGUUUGCAGAUCCCCUCUUCUUCGGAGACUAUCCGGAGGAGCUGAAGCUGGUCACCGGCAAGCACCUUCCCCGCUUCACUGCUGCGGAGCAAGAGCUCUUGAAGUCAGGUGCCAAUCACCCGAUGUCGAUUUAUGGCUUGAACACCUACGGCGGGAGGUACGUGUCGGCAAAGCAGCCUCAUCAUAAACACGAUUCGGAUGAUCAUGGUGAUCAUGAUGAUCAUGGUGAUCAAGAUGUUGACCCUCUCCAUCCGCAAGAGCGCUUCUUCAAGGAUGGAAAGCCCAUCGGCGAUAAGUUCAUCGGGGCGUGGCUCUACAAAGUUCCGGAGGAGAUGUUGCUGCAUCUCCGCUGGGUCAACCAGCGCUAUCAGCCGCAUCAAAUCUACAUCACCGAGAACGGUUGCCCUGAUCCUGGCCACACUCAGUAUGCUUGGACGGUGGAUGAUUCGUACCGCAUCUCGUUCUUCCGCGACUACCUCGCCAAAGUAGCCGAAGCUGUGGAGGAAGGCAUUCCAGUCCAAGGAUACGUUGUGUGGUCGCUGCUGGACAACUUUGAGUGGGCAGACGGCUACUCUCGGAGGUUUGGGCUGACUUACGUUGACUUUGGCACCCAGAAGAGAACGCCGAAAGCUUCAGCAUUGUGGUGGCGCAAGCUUAACAGGAAGCUGGGCACCGAAAUCCCCCACAAUUUCUCUGAGUCCACCAUGGCACAGCUCUUCAAGUAG